AAGAAGUGUGUCAUCACCCGGUGGAGCUAAAAGAAAAACAGUGAAUGGCUUCAAAAUAGGCUGAAAUGAGACAUCUACGCUUUAUCGGACGUCGCGUUUUUUCCAUGUGACAUCCAAAGGGACUGGGCAGUAAAGGGAGAAGAAGGGGGCAAAAGAUGUCGGACGUUGAAGGCGCUGACAGUUCAGAGCAGCUGAAUAAAUUUGAGAAAUUGACUGGCAGGCCGCCGAGCGGACCGAUGUUAGCAGGUCCUCGAACUCCUCCCGCCCGCAGCGGCCAUCGCUGCGUCGCUGACAACACUAACCUGUACGUGUUUGGGGGUUACAACCCGGACUAUGAAGAGUCGGGAGGCUCCGAAAACGAAGACUACCCACUAUUUAGGGAGCUUUGGCGGUACCACUUUGCCACGGGCUGCUGGCAGCAGAUUCGAACCGAGGGUUACAUGCCCACAGAGCUAGCGUCGAUGUCAGCUGUUUUACACGGUAACAACCUUCUGGUGUUCGGUGGCACCGGGAUUCCCUUCGGGGAGAAUAAUGGCAAUGAUGUUCACGUUUGUAAUGUGAAGUACAAGCGAUGGUCACUGCUCAACUGUCGAGGGAAGAAGCCAAACCGGAUAUAUGGACAGGCGAUGGUCAUCAUAAAUGGCUUCCUCUAUGUGUUUGGUGGAACGACGGGUUACAUCUACAGCACAGACCUGCACAGACUAGAUCUGACCACCAGGGAAUGGAUUCACCUCAAACCCAACAACCCGCCUGACGACCUGCCAGAGGAAAGAUACAGGCAUGAAAUUGCACAUGACGGACAGAGGAUUUAUAUUCUGGGAGGUGGGACUUCCUGGACGUCAUACCCUCUAGAUAAGAUACAUGCUUAUAAUCUGGAGACAAACUCUUGGGAGGAGAUCACAACUAAACCUCAUGAGAAAAUAGGAUAUCCUGCUCCUCGACGAUGCCAUAGUUGUGUGCAGAUACGCAAUGAUGUAUUUAUUUGUGGAGGCUACAACGGGGAGUUGAUACUAGCCGAUCUGUGGAAGCUAAACCUGCAAACUUUCCAGUGGAGUAAACUACCAGCAGAGAUGCCUGAGCCAGCCUACUUUCACUGUGCUGCUGUAACCCCUGCUGGCUGCAUGUACAUUCACGGAGGUGUAGUGAACAUCCACGAGAACAAGAGGACUGGCUCUCUGUUUAAGAUCUGGCUGACUGUUCCGAGCCUGCUGGAGCUGUGCUGGGAGAAGCUUCUCAAAGCCUUCCCCCACCUGACUUCUCUCCCAACCUUUCACCUGUACAACCUGGGCCUCACGGAGGAGCUCGUAGACCGUGUCAAGUAGGCGCAGAGGAACGGGAUACAUUUCCCAGCAGGACUCUGGAUGUUGCCUGAUGUAGCCCCCGCCUUAAAACCAAAAACAAUGGGAUGCCUUUUUUUUUUUUUUAAUUCCCAUAAUUAUUUUUGGUUUUGUUUUUUUUUUUUUGCCAGUUUUUUGUAUAUACGGUGAUGUGCGUCAAUAUUUUUGGAAUGUUUUAUGGAUUUUACUCUAAUCCCUGUGCCAUCACUGCAUCUGUACAGUGUUUGGAUUCCUCUUCCAACAAACUGACAAGUUGUACAAAAACAAUACAAAAAACUAUAUUUUGCCAUGUGAAAAGUCAGAUACUAUUUACUCUCACUUCUGCAAAUCCUUCAGAUAUUUUAUAAAUUCAGAGUGAAGGGAAUAAUGGAUGUAUAUUUAUUUCAAGGAUGUGAUCACUUUUUGCUGGAAUUGUUAAUUUCCCCCUUGCCCCCCCCCAUCAUGAACUGAUAUUGCUCUUUGCACAUUUCCCCUCCUCUGUUGUUCUUGUUUGUAAUUGUCUUAUUUAAUAGAUCCUUUAUUCAUCUGUGGCUAGUUAUUUCAGCCUAAAGAGUGUGACACAUUGGUUUGCCGAUUUUUCACAGUUACACUGAUACCAUACAGUUCUUCUUGUCCUUUCCCCUGAGGGGACCUUGUCCGCUCCAAGUUGUCAGAUGAAGUAAUAGUCGUGCAAGUUUCAGCAGUCUAGUUAUCUUGCCAAUUUGUACGGAUGGACAAACAAAGCUUUUAUUUAGCCUCGGAAACGUUAUAAAACGUUUCAGAUCAUUUGUGGUCAAAUUGCCUAAAACUUGUUCAGACACUGGGUGUUCAUUGCCAUGACAAGAACAUUUGCAACCUGUCUUUUUCCCUUUUUUUCCCCGUUACUUUAUGGCUUAAAUAUAAAACGAAGAAGAAUAUUUGGGUUGUUUCCCCAA